AUGGCGUCACAAGCGCAGCUGAAGAAGCAGCAAGAACUUCAAUCCACAUAUCAAAACUACAAGAACACAUUACAAACCAUUGCCGCGAAAAUCGGGGACAUUGAGCAAGAGACCGAAGAGCACAAACUGGUACUAGAGACCCUGACCCCACUACCGGGAGACCGAAAAUGCUUCCGCAUGAUCAACGGCGUUUUGACUGAGCGGACGGUCGAGGAGGUGGUACCGAUUCUGCAGACCAACUCGGAUGGGUUGAAGAAGGCGCUAGACGAGCUGGUCAAGCAGUACAAGUCGAAGCAGGAUGAGAUGGAGAAGUGGAAGAAGAAGAACAAUGUCCAGGUUGUUCAGCAGCCGGGUCAGUGA